UUUAAAAUUAGUUUGAAAUAAGAAUUUGUAAUAAAUUGAUUAAUCGGAGUCAGAAACCUCCAACAGAAAAAUACAAAAACCCUCCUCCUCAUACCCACACUAAUCUAAAGCUACUUCAGCUCUAGUUCACAUAGGCACAAGGACCCAGCAGAAACAAACAUCCCUCUCACCCCCACGUCUCCUCUCUCUCCCCUCCCACUUCCUCUUUCAAACCCAUGUGCUGCAGGAGGAGACACAGGAAGGUACCUUCACCUCCACAUGUGUGUUUGGGUGUGUGUAGGAGAGACACUGAGAGGAGAACAGCAGUGGGUGCAGGGUGUUUGGGAGCAGAGAAAAUGAUUAUGGGUUGACCUUUUGGAGAGCAUCUAACCUUAAAAAAGAAAAAAAACACAACCAACCCUGGAGAACAUGGACACCAGAAAGGUCCUGCUUUAUGUGCCAUCUGGUAAGUUUUACUGGGGUGGAGUGGGGUGAGAAGGUCUUUCGUGGUGCAACCUGAGCCAACUGUGUCAAACACGUGGAGGAAACUUCUUUACAGAGUGUCUGUCUGCUGAUUCGAGCCUCUGGUGUUGAUGAAAAACACGCGGUCAUGCUGAAUAUACUGCUGGCUUUCAUUUUCAAAGUACAGUCAUUACUUUAUUCUCGAUUUUGCUGCCGGGUGAGAGUUUUUCUUUGUUCCCUAAAUAGAAAAAACACAGAAUUUGUGCAUGAUGUCUUUUUUUAUUGCCAGCAGGGCGAGAGAGUCAAAAGCUAAAGAUAUGGGUCAAUAUUUACAACCUGGCAAUAAAUGAUAUCAGAGACUUUACUGUCAUGGGAGGUUUUUACAGCUGACCUAUAGAUAAUGUUGAGCUUCUGUUUGAGCUCCCCGGCAGUACAACAACAGAGGACGAUUGUUUAAGAGAAGCUCAUAUUCAUUGAAAAAGUGGGAUGGAACAAACAUCUCAUGAGAAAAACACUUGAAAACUGCUGUCAUGCUUUAGGGCUGAGGCGUAUAGAAAAAAAAACAGAUGCAAAAAUCAAAAACAAUAACAUAUGUUGUUUUUUUUAACUUGAGGAUCCCUGUUUUCUUUUUCUCAGUUGAUUAAAACACUAAAAAAAAUAACAGAAAGUUGGAUUAUGAAGCUUUAAUGACAUUUUAAGACCAAGAAAUUAACUUUUUUUUGAGAAAUAAAACGAAAAGUUGUAUCUCUUUGACUCUUUUUGUAUUGUUUUUUUUUCUCUGUGUGUCAUACAUGGGUUAAAAUAGUUUAAUUUGACUUGCAUAAGGUCAUGGAUUAACAAGAUUAACAGAAAAAUGUAUGACAUUCUAAUCUGGCUAAUCUGACCACACUCUACACUUAAGGCCUAAUCUUGUUACAGUGAAGUCUUUGCUACAUUUCAGGUAUCGAUCAAGAAUUGAAACCACUGGUUAUCCUUUUUUCCUUGAAUGAGAUAUCAGAGUUGUGGUUUUCGGCCUAUACUCGCUGUCUUAAAUCAAACAUUUGGUCUGUGCUGUUGCUGCCACUUCACAUCUUUGAUGUCUGACUGAGAAACCCUCCCCCGGUCCACAUGCCUGCUUUGUAAAGUAUGACUUGUGUGACUUAAAUUACUGUUGGUCGACUGGAUAUACACAGUAUGCUGGAUAAAUACACAUCAGCUUGUCUGUAUCGUCGGUUUUUGAGGUGUUGAAGUGGAAUGAGCUGUAGUUCCUCUUUCCUGUUAUCGACUUAAAUUCAAUAUUUAAUGUGUACAUUGUGGCCCACAGAGUACACACUGUUCAUGGUAGAGCUGCUUGAACACACUAUGGACUGCUUUAGCCCUGAUAAGGUUGAUUAACCCCUAAGAGUUAAAUUCUAGAUCUAUUACGUCUUGAAACAUUAAAAAGCACUGACCUUUAUUAAUUUGAGAAUAUCAUGUCUGUUCGUUCUUGAUGGUUUAACCUUGUAAAGUUCAGCUCAAGUUUUCAGCUUUGUAGUUUGGUGUACUUGUUCCCAGAGACCCAACAAAGUUGCUUCUGUUUCCUCUCGCUCAAGGACACCCUCGUCCCCACAGAUAGCAGGCUGGCAGGGAUUAUUUAAUAUGCCUCAGGCUGCAAGUUUGCGUCGCUCGUCUCGCCAGAUAGGGGAAUUAGACAUCAAAUCACUCACAUUUUAAAGCAGGCCAAUAAAAACUUGAGAUGAAAAAUUAAGAGAAUAGGACAGAUAAAACAGUGUUUGAUUAUACCGUCUGAAAAUACCAGCCACAUUUUAUUCAAAUAAAUCAUGAAUAAUUUCUUAUCUACAUUGUCUGAUGCUGAUAAUUAAACUCGGGCGGCUCUGCCUUGAGUCAUUUUACAUAUUCUGUUCAAAUUCUGACGCAGUUAAAGAGCGAGACUGUUGGCCUCCAGCUGAACGGCUAUGAAACUCUGCAUGACUUUGUGAAGUCAGGGCUAAAGGUGAGGAGCUUAUGUCUUUAAGUCCUUGAUAUAAAUAACAUCAGUUUUGCAGCUAAUCCCCAAAAUCAUUUGCCAACUCAAGCAGUAAAUGUAAAAACCUCAAACCUCAGACCUACGAGAAUUGUGUGGACUCUGGUGACCCCUUGGGACCAAAUAUGUGGUAUUACAUUCAUAAGAGAACUGCAUCUAUGGUAAGCGCCAUCAAACUUCUGCCGUAAAGCUGUGGUUCUUGCUACAUGUGCAUUUGUUGUGGAGGUAAAAAAAAGGUGCAGAUGUUACAUUACAGCAGUGGUUCCCAAAGUGGGUUAAUAAUGCACGUUGUGUUGCACUACUAACCAUGGCAAACUUCAGCGGACCUCCAAGACUGGGGAAGAUCUGUGGCACUGAACAAGCGCAAUGUAGAAUCUGAUAUAGUUUAGGGCUGAAGGAAUAUAUUUUAAAGAUGUUACCUAAGUUUUCAAAUUGUUCAUUUUCAGAAAUGCAGAAUUUUAAAAAAUGGUUAAAAGGAGUAAAGGCACAGACACAGUAUAUUUAGAUUCAGUGACAUUUCUGGCCUUUGUUCUUCAGAGUAGUUUGUGGUUAAUGUAAUAAUUACAAACUCAUGGAUUUGCCCAUAAAACUCGAUGAAACUAUAAAGAAAACAGCCACAUCAAAUCCUGUUUUGCACAUGUUCACAAACAGGGUCAGCGGGUCACAAAGCAGACUAUUUUCGGGAUAGAGUCGGCGUCCAAGUUGUUGCGCCCCUUUGUGGAUAAAAGGUUUGUCUCACACUUAGGGGAUUAAGCGCGAGGAAGUCAGGCGGCUUGCAAACAGGAAAUCAGGAAACACACGAGCAUGAUAACCAUCAGAAGCCUCAGACCUGUAGACACCACCAGACACAACCUAUCAAAACAACAUUCGCUGAAGUAGUCUGUCCUAAAUCAAUGGAGAAAAUUGGGUAACAGUUUACAAUAACCAUGAUUUAUAAAUGGCAAAUAGAUAAUUUAUUUAUUUUUAAUCAUCAUUUAAAAACAGCAUAUAGACUAAUUAUAAAUGGCAAAUAGAUCGUUUAUUAAUGUAAGUUAAUACUUUACCAUGAACAAGCAAUGAAAUUAUGAUGAAUAAUUUUCAUUAAUUAUUAAUAGAAUAUUUAUUCAAGGUUCAUAUAGGGUUUAAAUAUUGGUUGUAUAACAUCUGGAUUAAAAUGUGUGUCAGUAGCACUUUGUAAAUGGUUAAUAUUUGGUUUAUAAACCACCUACAAACAUUACUUAGAUGGUUAUUGUAAAGUUAGGGUUAGGUUUUUUAAAUCGUAAAAUUUAUAAUUUAUUAAAUGGUCUAUAUGCUAUUUAUAAAUAAUGAUUAAACAUUAAUAAACCAUUUGCUUACCAUUUAUAAAUGGUGUAUUUACCACUUAUAAGUUAUGGUUAUUGUAAAGUGUUACUGAAAAUUGUGCUGUCGAUUUUUUUACUCCAAAGCACGGAUUUGUUUCUGAGCUCACUCUGACUUUUCUGUCGUCACUGAUGAGAACAGCGUGUUAAAUUCUACUCACUGGUAGUUUGUCUCUGUUGGUGAUGGUGCUGCUAAGGUAAAGUCAAAGGAGCCAUCAACAAACUUGACCUUUAUCUUCAUUAGACAAGACAGUAAAGGUCUCGAUCAGACAGACUAAAUCAUCCUCCACACUUGGUCCAAACAGUUUGUUGUGUAAGCCGUGAGGCUCCCGGCAGUCUGCGCAGACUCCUGUGUUGUGCAGGAGGCCUGGGAAUGUUCGGUCUAAUCUAAUGCUUUGAGAUACGGCCUUACUGGGGAGUCCCUGGAGCCAAUCUCUGCCUCUGGCAAGGAGAGGCUCAUCUGUAGAGCUGAAGCAGCGUCUCACAGACACAUGACCGCCCACACAAACAGCAGGCACAGCUGGAGGCAGGUUUUUGUUGUAACUGAAUGCAAAGGUGUCUCCUUGCGCUGUCUCAGCUUGUGAUUGUGUUUCAUUGUCUUUUUAAACACUGCUGUAACUGAGAUCACCUUCUCCCCUAUUCUGUUCUUACAGCAUGAAAUUUGCUCCAUUUCUUUGAAAGCUUUCAAGGCAAACAGGCAAGGUUCAAUGAGCUGAAAUGUUUCUUUAUAAUCAGCCUUUGUUUUUUCAAAUUUCUGUCCAUGAAAUUUGUCUUAAGGUGCAAUUUAAGGGGGCUGUUUUGUUUUUUUUCAAUAUUUGCAAGGCAGAAACCUGCAGGUGAUUACAGCUUGUUUUUUAUGUGUUGUAGUGUUUUCUCUUUGCCCUUAUUUACCUUUUUUAAUGUGCAUAGGACCUUGACAAAAUGGAUAUUCUUGAAAAGUUGUGAUACUUUAAAUCUGCUUAGUCCAACUUUGCAGAAUAAAUGAACAGAUAAAACUGGUGUGGCCUGUUGUGGACCUGCAGGAGGUCAGGCUAAAGGAGGUUGUUGAGGCCAGAAUAGUCAACAAAUGAUUGAAUAUUAUGGAUGAUUACUGCUACUCUCUUUACAACAUGCUGAGCAGUCUCAAAAACAACCCCAGAAACAGACGUAUGCACCCCUGCUGUUUCAGAGAAAGACACAGGUGGUCUAAUCUGCCUUGAGUAGACUGAAAAACGCAUCUGCACAUCAAAUCCAGACCAAUUACUACUGUACCCCAAAAACUUUGCUUUUGUACAUCUGCACUACAACUUUUAGGAUAUGUGCAAUAUGUGCGAUGUGAUGGUGUCUGUUCUAUUUCCCUAACUUUUAUUGAGAGGAUGGGACACUGGAUAAGAGUGGACCAAAUCUGAGUUGUCCACUGUUGAGACUAUAACCUCUGUGCAUGGGGUGCUUCUUUGUUUGCAUGGGCGUGGUGGUGGGGGGAAAAGUGGACCUGACUAGGAAGAGGGGCCCUUGAAAACCCAGAUAUUUUUUUUGCUCAUGCGCCUCCAGCAUGGAUAGGGGCCCACUGAUAUUGAGAGUGUACAGGGCCCAGAAUUUGGUGUUAUGCCCCUGUUUGCAGAUUCAAAUCUACUCUAUUUGUCUGAAUAUAAGAAGAACUUUAUUUAUUUAUCCCUGAGAGGAAAUUUGAAAUAUAUAUUAACUAUAUUUACAUGUGUUUUUAACUACUCAUAGAUAGGAUUGUAUUUGUGUCAUGUUACUCUCUGCUGUGACUGACUUCUGGGAUUAGGGCUGGGCGAUAAAACAAAAACGAUAUAUACCGAAAAAUAAUUUCCCUCGAUAUUGAUAUAAAACAUGGUCAAUAUGCUUUUCGAUAGUGAGCAUUCUGCCCUGUUUUGGUAGACUAUACAAAUAGCCAAUGAGAAGAGGAGAUGCUCCAACCAAUCGUGUGCUGAAUUAGAACUAAACAGCAAACAACUGGCUAGUGGCAGGCUGCAGCUACAUGCAACCAUAGCACUCUAACAGGUCAAGCUGUCAGCACUGUUGGUGAGAAAAAAAGACAAUGAGUGCUACCUGCGGCAGAAAUGCAGAUGAAGGCUCAACAGAUGACGACAUCUUCGACAACACUGACAAGAAAACGGUGGUGGUGUGGAGGUAUUUUGUUUUUUUUGAGGUCAGACAUGAAGCAGGGUCAUGUGCACUGCAAAUUAUGUCGAGUACAUGUUCUCCUAAAGUCGAGGAAUACAAACCCUGAGUGAAGCCAGGAGCCCGUGGCGCCCGUGCAGCCGAAACAGCCGACCAUUUAGUCCACUUUCUCUAGAGCAACGCCUUACAACAAAACGUCAAAGAGACACAAAGACCUCACAGAUGCAGAAGCUUAUUGUAUUGCAUCUGUGAGACAUGCUACCAAUAAGCACAGGGAACACUUAAGAUUGACAAAUGAAUUUUUUAUAUCAUGACAUAUAUCGAUAUCAACUGGUAUGAAAAGAAUAUAUCUUGAUAAACUUUUUUCUUACAUCGCCCUGCCUUAUCUGGGAUUCAUGAUAAUAUACUCUUUCCAUCCAUCUCUCCGCCUAUCUUUCCAUCUGCUAAUGCGUCCCUCAAAGCUCAUUCUGCGGCUCCUAAAUGUUCUUGUCUUUAAUGACUAAUCUUUCUAUAAAGUAGGGGAAAGUCCCAGCUCAAUAGAAACAGUGAUGAACUGUUUUAAUUUAAAAUACUUAAUGAAACAGUCGAUUUCAUAUCCGUCUUUUCUCCUCCAGAUACUGCAUCCACAGAGGGGUCCAAGAACGGAUACGCAUUCAAUGGCAUGGGUGAGUAUCUGCAGCAACACUCAUCAUAGUUACGUGAAGAGUUUUUCUCAGCAGGGGUCCUGCUCCUUCAUGUACUUGCUGUCAACGAUUGUACAAUUACAGAGAACAUUAUUCAGGUCUAUUCCUUCAGGAUACUGGAGAAUAAAACUGCAGUAUUUUACAUGUAAAUUUAUUGCAGUACUUAUUCAUGCUAAUGCAAAUGCUUCUGGCUGCUCACUGAUGACCCAUUUCACAUGCUGGUGAGCACAGCCUGUCCCCGCGCUGAUGUGUUGUGAGGUUAAUUAAUGGGCAAAUAACGAGGCAGAUGAUCUCUGAGUCAACCAUGAGAAGAGGGAAUAAUCAUCGCUCAAAGGCGUGCCCACCAAGGGUUAAGGUUAAUUCCUUAAUUCUGCAGCCGUGUCUUCCUCUUCCUCUUCCUCUCUGUACGACACUUUGAUUCGAGGUUCUGUUUUUAUCUUCUGUACAAUUAAGGAAUUUACAAGGGAGCUGCUAUUGUUAUACUGCUGCAUGUCUGGUUUGAGGGGGACUUUUUAUUGGGUCACUCUGUCUCCCUCUUGUUGUGUGCUUGUCAACAGAUGGCAAAGUGGAGGGAGGAGAAAUUAAAUUGUGCCUUACAGGACACGCUGAUACUGUGGGCAGCAUCUUUACCUCCCAUAAAGAGAACAGCUUGAUCAGAUUGUUUGAUAAUAAGCCUUAUUUACAGCGGUUUUAUUUAGCUGCUAUAAAAAGUAAUAAAAUAAAUAAGCUGUAUAAGAUGUAAGCAGUAAAGCUCAUAUUACUCUGUUAUUAUUUCUGUUUCAUCCACAGAGCUAAAGGAUGGAGGACAGGAAGACCACGAGAGGGACUCCCCUAUCCCUACCAAGGAUCAUAUUUAUGACAACCAGGUCCAGAUCGGCGCUCCAGGUAUCUCUUUAAACCAGUGAUCUUUGAUUAUAAUAUACAAUCCUGUUUUUGGUUAUCGUCACUUUAAAAGUCAACACUGGUUCAAGAGGACGAACAUAAAAGAUUUUGGUUUUCUAUCAGCUUACUUUCUAUUCUUGUAACUUCCAUUGUCAUAAAAUGAUCCGCAGCAUCCGCGAAAAGGAAACCAUGUGUGCCAGCUCUGAUUUCCUAAAUUAAAAUAACUGAGUCAAAGUUCAUGAACAUGAAGUGGCAGCGAGCUCAUUAAAAACCAAAGAGAAUUAAUCCUGCAGCCGAGUUAUUUUAAAAAUAACAUGACAGAUAAAAAAUAUGAAAGGACAGUCUGCUGUUUAAUUUAGCAAAACAUGGUGUCAUCUUAAAUUCUUAUGUUGCUUUUCAUUGCAGAUGCGGGCCAUCCUGGGUUUGGGCUGUUGAGUACAACAAGAAAAGUAAGAAAUGAUUUUGUAUUUAUGUUUUUAAUGCAGUAUUUCUUCACAGUGGUGGACGUAUUUUAGACAACAGGAGGGUCAAGUUAGAGGGACCAGAGAACGAGUAUUUUGAGUGUUUUCAUAUUUAUUCACAAGAGGAAUUUAAACAUGAAUUUUAAAAAAGCUGUACAUGCUUUUGGAUUGUAUCCAAAGCAAAUCUGACUCUUUUUCAAGUUUCUGACUUUUUAAACAGACCUAAAACGUUUCCUCAGAAAUCUGGCGUUUUUGCUGAGAUCUGGGAUUUAAGUCAGACUCGUGACUGUCUUCCCAGGUUUCUGAUUGGAAACUCAGUCUUCUGACAUUUCCUCCUUUUUUACAUGUCGAAAAAAAAAGAAAUGAAAACUCAGUGGCCCUGAUCUCUUUGCAUGAUGGCAGAUUCUGGUCACAGUUCAAGCCAAAUGCACCCCAUGAUCUGUGAUCUGGACCGUAGCGAGCCUGGAGACAUCUAUCACUUUGUUUCUGGAAGAUUCAGAAGACUUCCCCCUCUUCCCUUCUCUGGGUCAGGAGAGGUGGUCUUCCUCGACAUCUUCUGCUAUCUUCUGCUCUCUCUUUUGGAAGCUUUACUCAUUAGCAUUUAAUUUUCUACACUUAACCCUGGUAACGGGGUUAUUUCACAUGCUAUUUUCUUUAACCACUAACUAAGUUGCCACAUGGAAUCACAUUUUACGUCUCUUUGACCUAUGUGUCGCUCUCAGUCAUAAACAGAUUUAUGACAAAUAUAUUUACAUCAUGAUUUAACUGUGAUCACAUGACUCUUUCUCAGCAGUAACAGAUCACUUAUCUUCUGCGAACUUUCUUUGCCGUCUUGAAAUCACAAAUAUGGUGUGUUUUUUGGUCCAUGCACAAAAACACACUGCCUAGACUUCAGAUUAGCAGGUGCCGCGGUCCUGCAAAGACGAGACUACACGCAGAGUAAUUUGGUUAUGAAACCCGUUUUAAUGAGACUCUGGAUAGUUUCCAGCAUAUCUGUAGCUGCUGACACUGCACAAAGUCGUCACAGGAGCCCUACUUCACUACUGGUGAUCCUGUUUAUGUUAUACCUCCCUAUUGGCUGUAAGGGCUGUCACUUGAUUAAAGGUGCGUUUAUUUUAAUUUGUUUUAAUGAACGCGUGUCAGGAAGCGAUCUAAACAGUUAUAUUUCACCUCCUUGGCUCAAAUUAUCAAAUAAACUUGUAAUCCUGAGGCUUGUGACCUUCUCCAAUUUCCAAAUUUCCACCCAUGUUGGAAAAUAUUCAAUAGGGUAAACAGUAGGCUUGUAGGAAGUUAUCAUAAAUGAAACAUCAUGGCAUACACUAUAAGCAAAAACAGUAAAUUUAACCCCACUUUCACAAUAUGAAUCAAAUUUCCCUCGCUCUUUUCUCUCUAGUAUGUGAAGCCGAUGAACUUCAAGGAUGAAGUGCGCGCCCACAGAGAUCUACACACCUUCCUGUCUCAGGCGAGCAUCCUUUUGGAUGAGAAAGCCACCACUCUGGAUGAGGUCCUGAGACGGAUGCUCGGCCAUGUGAUGAAAGAAGGCCAUGAGAGCUGUGACACAGAAGAGAUCAUGAACUCUCUAUUUACAGAUGCAGGGGGAAAGGAAUGUGAUGGUGAGUGAAACAUGUAACACUCUACACCACGCUGAGAUAAAUGGAGUGAAUCUUUACACGUCAAAAUUUGAGCGUUAUUGACCUAAAACUGCAUUUUUUCAUGUUCCCACAGUUCACCUUCUAUCCGACACCAUUCAGGGUGUGACUUCUACUUCCACUGGAGUUCGUUAUCAGCAGUCCUGGCUCUGUAUUCUGUGAGUUUAUCUGCAACAAUGUUGAUAAAAUAAAACACUGUUUUGACUAAGUCUCCCAGCCAGAAACUCAGUGCUGUGGAUGUUCGAAGCCCCUUUGUUUAUAGUCACUGAGUUCACCUGCCUGUACAGCGAAAAUACUCCAAAAAACUUCCAUGAAAAAGUAAUUUUGUUUUGACUCCAGUGUUGGGGAAUCUAAUUCACACCUGCCAAUACAGGAUGCUGUACAAUCAAUCAUUUCCGCAUUACUGAUUCAAAAUAAAUCAUGUUCUUUGAAUUUCAGCUCCACUGUGAGGACUCUGCAGAGACGUCAUGUCUGCAUUGCCCGUCUGGAGAGGCCACAGAACUGGGGAGAAAACUGCUGUGAGGCUCGCUAUGUAAUCCUCAUCCUCGCCCCUCCAAGAACGGUAGCGACCAAUUCUCAGUUCUCCAAUCAAAAUAUUUUGUUUUUGCAGUUUAAUGAGCUAAAAGCCAAAGAAAAUCCAAAUAGGACAAAAAAAUCAACAGCAUCGAUUAAUUGUCUGCUAUAUCAGAAAAAUGCAACAUCAUUUUGUAUGCAGAUGACACAGUGGUUUAUAAUCAAGGUUAAACUGUGGACAGUAUUUCAACUACGCUCACUGACAAGAGUCACGUUUCUGUUAUUGAGUGUUGUUGCAGCGGAAUAAUUCAAAAACAGUCUGAAUGCUGAAGAAACUACAAGUUACUCAGGAAUGCAAUAGUAAACAGCACAUGAAGAUUCAAAUAUUCAAAGCUGUGGCUCAGUUGGUAGAGUCGGUCGCUGCCCAACUGGAAAGAUAGGGGUUUCGAUCCCAAGUGGUGUGCUAAUGGGAUCCAUCAAAAACUGAUUGGCAUAGCAGCCUCUACCAUCAAUGUGUGAAUGUGGUGUGAAAGUGUGAAUGAAACAACUAAUGUAAAAGCGCUUUAAGUGGUCCAAAUACUAGAAAAAGCGGCAUAUAAACAUGAUCCAGAGCACGUUUUACUAUUAAAGACUCUAAUCCAAAAACACAAUUACAACUACAUCGGCAAAUAAGAUGAUCUAUAAAUCAAUGUUUCCUUCAAACGUCAGUCAUUAUCCACUAAUUAUGUCUAAAACACUGUCCAGCCUUAAAAACACCUUAAAGGACUCAAAAUCUAAGACAAGAAGCUGUUUAAUGUAGAUUAUUCUCAUAUCCUAUAGAAAUAUAAUCGUUUCAAGGAUAUUUUCCACGUUUCUGAGAAAACUCCUUUGUGUGUAACUUCAACAAAUGGCUUAAGCAGAAACAAUCUGCUUAUUGUGGACCUAGAAGCAGGUGCUUUUGAACUUUGACACCCUGUCAAAGAGGUGGCAAGCUGGCAUUAAUUUCUGUACCGGAAGGGGCUGAACCCGGCGCCAGAGCUGGAAAGGCAUCACCGGUCUGCCCUGCCCUGGUCUUACUGGGCUCGACGGAACCACAGAGGGCAUACAGAGUUUGAUUUCUUAGAUGAAGAGAAGUGACCGAUCGAACAUGGACAGAAACAUAUUUACGCCUCUACUGAAGAAGUCUUCGCAGGUCUUGCAGGGCAGCAGCUCCAUAGAUGAAAAGCGAGAGGUAUGGAAGAAAAAUGCAAAAAAAAAAAAAAAAAUGUAAAUAAAGGUUUUCAUUGCAGGUAUUUUAAGUUUAAACUAAUGAUGUGCAAAGUAGACUUUGUUUGUGGCUGUGGAGCAUCUUGAGUGACAGCACACCUGUUCCUGUCGAAUCAUAGUUAGACGAGGAAAGGUUUUUUUCUCUUCUGUUUGUUGUUCUUUAUUUGCCUGGUGGAAAAUAUUUUGUGUACAUGUUUGUUCUCUUAGCUCUCCUUUUGUCGUUCCUCUUGAAGUGCAAAAUGUGUGUGGAAAUUAGAGAGGGUUUAAUAACUUAAAAAUUGAAUUAUCAGGACACACUGUCUCCAAUUCUGAUCUCAUUAUGUAAGAAUCCUAAAGCCACUCAGUCCAUGCCCAGCAGCAUGUGCACGGCUGUUAUCCUCCUCUCACCUCGUACCACUUAAACAUGGUAAUUCUGCGGUUAAUCUUGUUGAAUAAGUAUUUGCAAACUUGCUGGCAGUGCAUCUUUGAGUCAUUUCUGUGCUAACUCAUUCAGACUGAGGAGGUUUUAUUACUUGAUGUUAUCCUGCACACAAUAUGAUCGGACUCUAUAAUGAAAUAUCAUUGGCUGCAUCUUAUUAACACCCAGCGGUUGCUUUCUGUCUCGACGCUGUAGAGCCAUUUUCAGUGGAUAGAAAGGUCUCCUCUAUUCCAGAUAUUAUCAAAAUAGUUGAAUUGAAAGUGCAUGCAGUGGAUUUAAUCUUUCCAUCAUUACAUAGUUGCACGUGUCAAAUUGGUAUCUGCCCUCUCACAGUGUGGCUGAUUCACCAGUAAAGGAUGCCCAGGUCUCUCCAGUUCUCUUUGGAUCAGUCCUGAUACCAAAGGCAUAAUUUCAAUGCUAAGGACAUUUUACAAACACUAUGAUGCAGAUUCUCCUUAAAAUUAUCAGUGAUUUUGUUUUAAUCUUUCGGUACACAGCAACCUAGUCUAAGAGUGACACCAUCCCUCCAACAAUCUGACAAACAGUUACUAUAGUUUGGAGUCUGUUGUGCAUAAAAUAUCUCAAAGUUUACAUCAGAAAGAAAUAUUAAACAAGAUAAACUAAUAGACCAUCUAUUGUUGGGGAGAGCAGAAGUUUUUAAAAUGAACAGACCUCCCAGAUUAACCUUCAUAAUGUCAGCAGUCUAUUAAAAUUUCCUCAUAAGCUGCUUUUUAAGAUUUAUAAACCAUUUUCUAGUUCCUGUGGAAAAAACAUAAUAAUAAUCAUACUCCUUGAGCCUCUUUAUGGUAUUACCAUAAAUAUGAUGAUAGCAUUAAAAAAUCCAUUACUGUUGUUACCAACUUGAGCUAUUGCAUAAAUGUAAAAUAACCUCUGGUCUGUAAUUCUUUAUGGAAAAAUCUGUUAUUUUCCGCUGUAGGUAAACCUCUUUUCUGUGACAUUUAGCUGAACAAAACAUUGCUGAGCCUGUAAUUACGGGAUGAAAGUACAAAAGAUUUAGAUGGACUUGAGAUAAAUUUUGGUUUUAACAACUCAAACCUCUUUCAGCAUUUGCAGCCUAAAUCUUAAUAUACCUUCACACAUUUUACAAGAUCAAUAUUAACAAAAAACAAACCUCUGGGUAGGAAUAUAACUAUCAAAAGAUUUUAAAGAAACCAUCUCAGAACUAUAUAAAUUACUCUGUCAUAUUUGAUAUGAUUGUAGUGCAUCUAAUCAUCAUCUGCAUAAGAUCCAAGGGUAUCCCUCUCAGCAGAGCAGUGGGAGGCAGUGCCAAAUUGUUGAAACUGUUGAAAUGUGUAAGUUGCAAAGUUAUCCCCAUGAAGAAUCUAUGCAUGUCCCAAACCCUCCCACAUUCACGGAGGAAAAUUAUCUUUAGUGUUUCUAGGGGUCUACUAACUCUGGAUCUGAAUUUAUUAUUUUAUCAAAGUUAACAGAAACUCUCCUAGUACGACAAAAUAACCGCGAGUGUGUCACAACACUUGACUGAAUUAGCUUUGCUCUCAACAACAACAACAACAACAAAAAAAAGGCAAUAUUGAGGAACUUUAAGGUGAGUAAGGUGAGGCCUGGAGGUUAUUUAGAGCUGGCUGGCAUAAAUCUACUUCCUUCUGCUCUGGUAGACUUGGGCCACAGAGGUUACUUGAGCUGACUUAGCUUUAACUACAGGGCCUUGAUGGCAGCUCUAUGUGGGUACGCCUCUAUGCAGGUGUUGGUGUGCUUCACUCUGAACAGAGUUUUGCUUUAACUGGUUGCCCAAUUUCAGCUCAUUAUUAUCCCAUAUUCUUUCUGUCACAUAAAGUUAUAGUGUUAUUUAAGUCAAAGCUGCUGUAAAGAGAUGUAUUAAAAAAGUCUGGUGGUAUUUCUGUUCCUAUGUGCAGGUAAGUUAAGAAAAAAUGUUUUCAGCAUGGUAUUAAUCAGAAGAUGGGUUAAUAAUAUUUCACCAUUAAAAGGAGGAAUAAAGAUAUUAACCCCCUGUUUGAAUUUCUCAUCAUCUUUUUCAGAAAAGCACCAAGACGGCCACUGAAUUCGGGAGAACAUUUUCCACAAUGUUCUCUGACAUCUCCUUCAGACAGAAGCUGUUGGAGGCAAAGACCGAGGACGAGUUCAAGCAGCACCUGGUGAUUCACCAAGAGCAGCUCGCUGAGGCCAACACCGAGCCAGUCAUCGAAGAAGUGGAAGACUCAGAUCCACGCAGAGGGAAGCCACUUCAGGUGUGAAAGAAAGGCAAAAUAGAGGAUGUAAAACAGAGUCUACUGUAAUGGUGCCUGUUUUAUUUAAACAAGCAGAGACCAGGUUAUGAUACAGGUUCAUCACAUAAUACUAUCACAGAAUAUAAAUGAUGAAAAAGAUGAAUCUUCUCAGCUGAUAGACAACGAAACAGAAAAGGAACGUGGUCUUUCACACAGAGACCACCCUAAUGACAUCCCACUCCAUUCAGGCAUGUAAAGUUGUGAUACAUUAAAGCAAAAGCAGUUGAGCCAGAUUAUCUGAUUAUCCCAUUUCCACACUUUACCGACCAGGGCCUGAGGAAUGAGAAGCAGCUGGCCAACAGAUUGAAAAAGCUGCCAGAGUCUGCCAUGGUUUCUGGCAGCAGAACGUCUGCAGCUCCACGUGUCUAGUGAUUAAAUUAAGAGGAAAUGUGUGCGCUAUGCUGGAGGUUGGACGAGUGGAAACACACACUGUGCCAAGACAGAAAGCAUGUAUUUAGGUUGUAAAAGAGCAAAGUUCACGCAAGGUUUUGGCUGUACCUGAUGCCCUCAAGGUUUAAAAAAAAAAAGCUGUUCAGCGAAGGUUGUUGGUGCCAAACCGACCUAAUUUGGCAAUUCAAACUUUGUUCAAUACAAAAUCAGGCAAUGCAACACUUUGACUAGAGAUUUGUAUUGGCUGAGGGCUGUGUUCCUCAUCAAGUGUCUCUUCACUGAACAUUAAAACAGGCUCAUUUGUAAAAUGCAGUCAGGAAAUCAUUCAUCAAUGAGACCAGUGCUUUAGCACAGAGGGGGUCCAAGCAUGAAUACCUGAGGCGACUAGAAUAUUUUCAUUUUUAGGAGAAUAUUUUUGUGUUUUCAAGACAACAUCCUUCCUAUGAAUCAGCCUGGGCUUUAUCAGAGACCACAUACUAUCGUAUUUUUCAAAUUAAAGCUCAUAUAGGGGGUCUUGUGAUAUCUAUGAAACAGACUGAAAUUCAUAUUGAUGCAUUUUUAUGAUACACAGAAGCAAACAAGACUACCAGCAACCAAAUUGACAUUUUAUAUUGCGGUGUUUUUUCGUUUGAAACUGGUGUGAGGUGGUAGGUAUUAGUAAAAACAAUGAAGAAGAAGAAGCCUGAUUUAGCAGUUUUCAUUUAAAAUAUUCCCCCAAAAAUUGCACAUUUGAUUGCUAAAAGUCAAAAGGAUGACUUUUUUUCUAGAGACAAUGCAGUAUGUAGGGGACAAGAUAAGCUAAGACUGCUCAGUCCACAGGGGGCGCCAAAGUCGACACAAACCAAAAGUUUCUCACAGUAGCUUUAAGUGUGGCAUCACAUAAAGUAGUUCUUGACACGCCUAAAAAUGCAUUGCUAAUCAGGCUUUGAGUGGAACAGACUUGAUAAAGAAUAUAACAUUCAUAAGCAUGUAUAAAUAAAUGUGUAUGUACCAGAAUAUAAUAGGCCUUUUCAUAUCUACAAAGUAGUGGCUACAUCUGAAUGGAGGCUACAAUCUUGCACCACCAUGUUUCUUAUAGACAAACUUGUAAAAUAAAUGUGUUUGUAUUUAAUGAAUGGUUGUGGAAAAUGCGCUGGAGUGAAGUUUACUGAAACAAGUUUGUUGGUUGACUGCAGGCUGUUGUUAUUGUGUUUUUUUCCUGCUAUUACCUGGAGACGACUCCAAUUGGGCCAACAGCCUUUACAGCUUAAUAGUACUACAUGUUUUGCAGUGCAACUUGUCCUGUCAGCAGUUUUUAAUUAUGGGUACCAGCAGAAUCCUGCAAUUAUUGAGCCACAGUGUAGUUUCCAUUUCUAAACAAACAUCCAAGCACCAGCCCAAAGCAGACAAUCUGCUUUCUGUUUCAAAAGACUCAUUACCACACGCAAACGGUCAUGUGACGUAACAGGGAGAUUAUUAUCAACAUGGCUAAAACACUUGUCCGAAUUUCCCUUUAAAAUCAGCCUAAAAAGCAUGUAAGCGCACACUCAAGUUAGAUAUCUUCAUGUGUAUUUAUGCUUUUCAAAUCUUGUCUAUCUUUAAAAAAAGGAUUUACAUCUCUACAACUUUCCAUUAUCUUUAAGUCAUUUAGUUUUGUAGAGGACUGUCCGUCACAGCCUUCAUACUUAUGGCAGUGUUAUGUCAUUUUCCAACUUGGUGCCAACUUAGUCAGUCCUAAAGCAGGAUAACAGAAUUUAGACCAGCACGCUUUGAGAGUUUGUGCCAGCUGCACAAAUCUUUUCCAGCAUCAAUACCCUGAUUCACCCUUGUACAGUCAGGAACAAGCCGCUCCCGGGCCUGUUAACAAUCACCUCGCUGUUCCUUGAGUUACUUAGUGGAUUUGUUACCCCAGCUGGUGCUCCUCAUGAUUGGCCUGUUAGAGGGCUCUCAAACUUAACAACAGAGUUAUAUGUGACCAUUUUGUUUCACUCAGACUCAACUAACUCUCUGUACUUCUUUUUUUUCCACAGUGCAGAGAUUUCUUUAGAUUCGGUAAAGGUAUUUAUAAGGACCUCCGCCGCAGACUCCCACUCUACCCUUCAGACUUCACAGAUGGUAAACUUUUUUAUUUGUAUCUUUUUAUCACAUUUAAAACGGCUGCAAUCAUAAACUUUCUUCUUGCAAGUCUUAUAACAAAAAUUAGAUUUUUCUAGUUCGAGCUCAUCUUGUCUGGUCAGGUGUUAAACCCUCAUUAACGUCAUUAAUUAUCCCUCUAGGUAUAAUUGGGAGGGACCGCACCCUGCUGAAAUACACAACCACUGCCAUCUUCCUCUACAUUAUCAUUCUGCUGCCGGCUAUCGCCUUUGGUUCACUGAACGACGAAAGCACAAGAGGGGAGAUAGGUAAGGACUCCUAGCUUCAUUAUGUUCACCAGCAACUUCCUGUUAAACAUUUAAUUACAGUAAUUUUUUGACUAAUAAAUCAGAGGCAAACAAAGAGGCUGAUGUUUCACUGUUUGUUUUGUGACAGAUGUUCAGAAGACCAUUGUUGGCCAGAGCAUCGGAGGAGUCAUCUACGCUUUAUUCGCCGGCUCACCACUCGUGAUUCCGCUGACCACAGCACCACUGGCUAUCUUCAUAAGUGGUUAGUAUUAUGAUCAAGUGGUUAAUAAGGAGAUUACAGGCCGCGGUAAAGAAAGCUUUAGGCUGGUUCUAACCAGCUCAAAGCAACCGAGAAGGAGGCUUUCCAAGCUGAACAUACUUUGACCUCAGAGGUGUACAGCAUUGACUUGAUACAGAUUAGAGAACACUUGGUAUGACCAGAACUUUCAACAGGUUCCUGCUACGGUCAGGCCACGAUAACAGCAGCAUUUUAGAUUUAAAGCAAGGAUGUGAGUCUCCUGAACAAAGUCUUAACACUGGCUAAACCUAAAGAAGUGAUGAACAUGAAUGUUAAGAGUGCCCCGAUACAACUUCUUUACUUCCGAUACAUUACCGAUUUUGUAGCCCUCAGUAUUGGCUGAUACCGAUAUUGAUCCGAUAUUGGCACAAACUUGUGAAUGACAAGCUUUGCACUCAGCUGCAACCUCAUUUUCAGACUUCAACGAAAAAUAAUGCCACACGGCAAACAUCACUCCUACUCCUUGCUACUUCGUUAGUACCUUAGUACACACUGCUGCUGUGAUUGCUUGGGCUCUGCAUGCUAGAUCCAGGCCCUUCUACAUAGAGGUGCUGGAGCAAUGUCUGGAAUGGACUGCUUGUAUUGGUGUACUGAUAUCGGAGAUUUUAGCUGCAGGCUGAUAUAAUCCGAUAUUGAAAUGAAAUGAAAUGAAACUUUAUUUAACCAGAUAAAACCUCAUUGAGAUGAAAAAUAUCAUUUGCAAGAGUGUCCUGGCCAAGACAGGCAUCGGUACAUUUACAAAGUUACGGACAUAAACAUUUACAGACAUAUACAGACAUAACAACCAGCUCAGUCGAAGUCGCAGAGCAGAACAUUUUUAGUCAAAGCACUUAGAGCCUGCUUCAUCUUCUUCUAGAGCCUUAAACCUACAUUUAAGAAGAUUAAGAGAGACCAGCUCUCCAAUACACAAUUUUUCUUGUAGCAGAUUUCAGUCUGCAGGAGCAGCACAUCUAAAACUUCAGAUAAGUAAAAACUUCAGCAAAAGUAAAUUUUGUGUCUGAGUCACAGAACUCAGACAAUUCAUUCUUUUGCUGAUAUCGGACCAAUAUCCGAUAUCAAUAUUGGAUUGGGACACCCCUAAUGAAUGUGAACACUAUUCAUGACUCUCUUUCACUUAGUUUUCUUGGCUAGUAACCAAUAUUCCCAAAUUACACUCAAUAGGAAAUUAAAAACAGCACAGUAGAUCAGCUGUUGGUAACUUCUUUGCGAUGUGCGUUAUCAGGCUGUCUCUUGUCUUGCAUUUUAACACUAAAUCAGCUAACUGUUGUGGAGGGAUUUUGACCUUUCAGGAUUUACUAUUUAGCACGGCCAGGUUAUUAGUGAGACCUGAGCAGCGUUGCAUGCUUACAGGUGCACGUUGGUUGUUAUGGUUUCAGGUAGGCUCUGUGUCUGUCACCAAAGCUUCGUUCUAACCUCAGAGUUCAGGGAUCACCUCUUUACUACACAGACUAAGCUACCUGGGAGUUUGUGUUGGAAACAUUAGUCUCAUUUUGUUUCCAGCCGAUCACACGACUGUUCAAGGGUUGUUUUACUUCGGACUUUAGAGAUGUAGAGGUUUGAUCGUAGGAAAAAACAAUUGCACAUAAGAGCUUUAUGUCUGCUGGCUUGCUCUCAAGAUUUACAGCUCCUGCUUAGCAGCUUUACGCAUCGAGUUUUAAGUUUGAUAGUUUCUCAUGCGCAUGUAGCCCAAGAUCAAAUCUACACUGAAACAGUCAUGCUUUUCAGAAGAUUUUACAGUGGUUAUCAAUCCCUUUAAGACUUAAUAAAACAAUAUUGUGUCUAAAACUUAAAUCACAAUAAACAGAUAAGUGCAGGUGCUGUUAAGUUUUUUAAUUCGAUGUAUUAAACUGCUUUUCUUUGCGUUCAUUCUACAGUCAUCAGGGGCAUCUGCGACGACUACGACCUCAACUUUGACGCCUUCUACUCCUGCAUCGGUUUGUGGAACAGUCUGUUCCUGAUCCUGGGAGGUUUAUUCAAUGUCAGCCUGUUUAUGAAACUCUUCAAACGGUGAGUGCUCAACACUGAGCCCCACACCAUAAUAUGUGACACACUGUGCAUCUUUGCAUCCAGACAGGUCACUGAUAAGUGGAGCAGCUGUUACGACUUCCUAUUUUCAGCCAUUAUUGUUAAUCUUGUUGAAUGUUCUCUGUCUAUUUUGGCUGUCAUCUGUCCUUGAAAGGACUAUUAUGUCUGUGUCUGGAAAAACAAGUACUUGGAUGAAAUUUAAGUAAAUGUGCCCUACAUUUUAACAAAUGUUUUAUUUCCUCUUAUCUCUCAGCUCCACAGAGGAAGUCAUUGCGCUCUUCAUCUCUGUAGCAUUUGUAGGGGAUGCUGUAAAAGGCACCAUCAAAAGUAAGUCAAGGGCAGACAACAUUUAACAUGGUUUGUAAUAUUUAUGAAGCGGAGAAAUCUCUCCUCUCUGCAGGGGGAAGUCUGAAAGUCCUUUGUUAUAUCUAAUGUAACCCUGCAAAUGCAUGCAUGCCACUGAGUCUUUGAGAAAAGCAAAGAACGAGAUCAAACACAGCCCCGCUGCUGCUGUGUGCUACGUGUGUGUGAGGAAAACUUUAAUAUAAUAGCGUCUUUCUCCUUGCUUCUGCUUUUAUGUUUCUCACAAGAUUUUUCACAAGACAGGAAAUAAAUGGACGAGCAUGAGGUGGAUUUUUUAGAUAAUUCAUCUUAUACUGAAGGCUGUUCUCUAUUCAGCUGCACUAAAUAGGCAACGCUUGUAUACAAUAUUUGCUUUUAUAAAGGCAGAGAAUGAAAACAUGAAUGAGCAAUAUAUAUGAGCACAAUCUGUAUAAGACGAGGGGGGAAGAGUUUGACAAUAAUGAAACAAACUGAAAUGCCUUUUUCUGAUAUACAAAAGCAAACAAGACCUGCGGUGACAAGACUGACUAUCUUUGUGUUGCAAAUGUUGAAAAUCUGAACUUGUGUGGUGGUAGAUGGCAGCAAAGCUACCUUUUUCAUCUUAAUUCAUUUUUCCCUUCUUCUCCUAUACUUUCCAGUCUUCCAGACCUACUACCACGGGCCUAUUCUGGCAACCACAAACAGCACGAUUGUGCUCCAGCAGAUCACUGACAUUCUGGAGAAAGCCAACAACCACACCAAUGUUUUUGAGAAUCCCAAUAAUAACGAGACUGUGUCAGUGUUGGCACAUCUGGAGAAAUACGUCCUCCUGCCUGAGACUCUGGUCGUCUGCACAAGAGAAAGACCCAUCCUCUGUCUGCUGCUCAUGUUGGGAACCCUGUGGUUUGGCUACGCUCUUUAUCUCCUCAAAAGGAGGUACGUUCACUCACUCGACUGUUUAAUCACAAACUUUAAAGUAAAGAUUCAAAUGACUAUUCAAACUGCAUGUCAUCUAAAUCCUCUUGGAUUCACUUCAAUGAAUUAGAGGCUGUUUGAGCCCGAAGUGAGCUGCUACUAAGUCAGCCAUUACAAACUCAUAUCCAUGUGUCUUCUUCACCCUAAGUGAAUUCUGGGAUAUCAUUGUUCUUUCCUCUUUGUGACAGACAGUCAUCACUUGGUUUAGACUAAUAUAAACUAAGAGAGUAACUUAAAACUUGCAGAACUUGUAUCAGAGUUGUCACUUCUUCCCCCGCAGCCCGUAUCUGAACGACAAAAUCAGAGAGGUGGUGUCUGACUGUGCUCUGCCGAUCUCUGUGGUGGUAUUCUCCUUCAUCGGCUCCUACCUCUUCUUCGACAUAAAGCGUAAGUACACAUCUCCUGAACCAUAGACGUGACAGAAGAGUCCUCCCCGAGGAUUCAAGUCACAACUUUGGCACAGUAAACACCUUCCACUGUUCUUUUAAUAUCCGUUGGCAGCAAAACAAAGAAAAUAUUUGCGCCUGCCGAGCUUUCAGCUCAGUGUGGGUUCUGAAUCAAUGUAGGUCACAGACCUGGGUUGACUGUUGCCGGUAGAAGUAAUCUUUCAAGCAGGAAGUUCACUUUUAGGCGACUUUUUAUGUUACUUUUUAAACUUGCUAAAGUCACAUAACUUUGAGUUUUGUUCAUGGAUCUUUUCCAUCUUUCAGUCCCUGUGUUCAGCGUCCACGAUCAGUCAAUCUUCACCUUCCCUCGGUUUGAUAAGGUAUCAGGCAUGAUGGUGCUGAGCGGAGCUGGCUUGGGUUUUCUCCUGGCUUUGCUCAUCUUUAUCGACCAGAACAUCGUCAUCUCACUCACACAUGUGCCAGAGCACAAGUAAGACAAAUCCUGCUUUUCAUCUCCCUGUUUCUUCCCUCCCUUUAUCAUGGUUAUCUGUUGCAAAUAGAACAUUCAAUGGCUGGAUUCUGUGUACGAUUAAACAAUUCUCCAUCUUAUUUGCUUGUGUCCAUGGUUACAACAGGGCUUCUACUUGUACAUUAAUGAGUUAUAGUCUAAUUUGUCAUCCAAGAGACAGUCUGUAGUGAGACACAGAGGUAAAUCAGAUGUUAGAGAUAGAUAAACAGUCCCUAUGAUAUAACGGCACUCAUCAAAUGCCUCAUAUCGGAUCAGAUUCCUUGGACAGAAUUUGCCGUUGAGUUUAAUUACUUGUAACAGGUUCAAAAGCUUUGACUCAUCAUCACACCUAAUACGCCAAAUCACUGCUCUCUGGAUACUCUUUAAAAAUCAGUUCCUCAGAUUUGCUCUGAAUGUGUCCCUACGACCAGGCUGAAAACCAGGAGUGACUGUGCCUUCUCUGCCGUGACCCUCAAACCGUAGAACGAGUCUCCCUGAUAUUAAAAUGUCCCCAACUGUACAUCCUUUUUAAACCUCAGCUAAAAACUUUUAUUCCUUGUCUUUUACCCAACAUGAGAGCUGUGUAGUCCCUGCUGACUUUGAUUUAUUCCUUCCACUGUCUUUGUACGUGUCUGACAGGCUUUUAUUGUUUUUUGUGUUUUCUUUGUAAUGUGUUUUUUUAUUUCCUCAGCUUCUUAUCGUACUGUGCAGCACUUGGGGAAUUUUUUUUUUUUUGUCAAAAUGUGCUGUAUAAAUAAAGUGGAUUGGAUUGGAUUUGGCAGAAGUGCACCAGAUUUGGAAAAUAGGCCUAAGUCUGCCCAAUAAUCCUGGAUUUGCAGACCACUUGUAGAUUUACAGCUCGAUAAUCUAAAAAUGAUUAGAGGUAUUCCAAUAUUGUUACCACAACAGGAAUUCAGUGCAGGUAUCAGUAUUCCUCUCAUGAUAAAGCCUAAAAAGUGGUAUAAGGAUAUCAGUCUGAUAUUAUAGCCACUUAUUAUAUUCCCCACAAAAUGAACAGAUUUACAAACAACAAACAACCACAAAAACUCUGGUAAAAACAAAGAGCGUAAAACUAGUUUAAGUCGGAACAUUGUCAGUGUUUUUCCACCUAUGUCACGUUUGUCUUUAUAACAUGCUAGUGUCAGUAAGGCCAUGAUACAAACCAAGAUUUAUGUAGCAUAGUAAAAGAAGUGUGACGGAUAAGGUUAAAAAAAUCAAUUCUGGUCAGGACUAGGGCUGGGCGAUAUGGGAAACGUUUAUCACAAUAUAUUUGUUUCAUUACAGUCGACAUACAUAUAUUACAAUAUAAAAAAUGAGAUUUAACAGGGCUUAUUGGUAGUAUGUCUUUUGCAAUACAAUAAGCUACUGCAUCUGUGAGGUCUUUGUGUCUCUUUGACAUUUUGUCGUAAAACGUUGCGCUAGAGAAAGCGGACUGAAUGGUCAUCUGUUUCAGCUGCACAGGCGCCAUGGGCUCCUUGCUCCACUUGGGGCUUGUAACCUUUUGCAUUGUGUGUUCUCUGCCGCGUGGCACUGCUUCAGGUGGUGAAAAAGAUUUGAGGUAUUCUUCGACUUUACAAGAACAUGUACUCGACAUAAUUUGCAGUGCACAUGUUUGUUUGCUACUGGGUUCUAAUUCAGCACACGAUUGGUUCAGCGUGAAGCGGACCUGGAGCAACUCCUAUUUUCAUUGGCUAUUUGUAUAGUCUACCAAAACACGGCAGAAUGGCGACUAUUGAAAAGCAUAUUGACCAUGUUUUAUAUUGAUAUUGAGGGAAAUUAAUUUUUGAUAUAUAUGUUGUUAUCGUUUUAUCGCCCAGCCCUAGUCAGGACAUUAAAUCUUCGUGUGUGUGGAGACAAAUUUCACUGGGAUUUGGAUCAGCCUCUCAAGCCUGAUCCAUUUCUGCUUUAUCUUUUGGAUAUCAGCACCAAUCCAUAUAUUUCCUUUGAUUUGAUGUUUUCUUGUUUAUUUUCGAAACACUAAAUUGCAGCUUUCUUACCAUUGCCCAUUAUCUGUAAAAUGUAAAAAAACACCUCAUUAAAUGAGGCAUUAACAACACCAAUUUCCCUGCCAAACUAUGACAAAACCUUCCACACAGUAAGCGGAAUAAGUGUUCAAAGUAACUCUUAUUAAUGCUGCUUUUUAUUGGCAAACGUGUCCAGCUGUAGCUCUCGAUAAAAACAGUCGUGUCUGUUCUGUCUGUUCCAGGCUGCUAAAAGGAACAACGUUCCACUGGGACUUGAUGCUGACUGGCUUCAUCAACAUCCUCAUGUCCUGUCUGGGGUUGCCAUGGAUGCACGCUGCCUUCCCACAUUCCCACCUACAUGCCCGUCAGCUGGCCAAAGUGGAACAGCAUGUGGAGAACGGACAUGUCUACACAACGUGAGUCCGGUUCAGAAAAGGGGCAAAAACCCAGCAGUGCACGCUAAGACAGAAAAAAAGCAGCUUGUCUGAACCUGUUGAACUCCGAGGAGGGGAGGGGUGUGGGGUUCGUAAUGGACUGUCAGUCCUGAUAUGGGCCAAAACAACUGAAAUAUGACAGUGCUUUUUCUUCUUUUAGUCCAAAACUGCGAUAUUUGUCAUACAAAAUGGCAACAGUUGAGCUUAAAGACAAACUAGCCAUAAUGACAGCAGAUGUUUCUUAUACUGAAGAUCUGCUCAAAGGUUUUUGGGACUCUUGAGUGAAUAAAAUGGUCUUUUGGAGCUGACAUAGUUUCCCUUGCUGUCAUGGACAAACAGAUGUUCAACGUCUCCACAGUUUUAAAAGGACUAUUUUUUUUGUUUUGUGGAUCAAAACAUGUUUCACAGCUUAUCAUGAUAGUUAUUUUCCUAAUUAAGUAUCAGCAUCAAUUAUUCCACAAAAUGUUGAUUGCUGAAGUGUGAGCAUCUUGAGAAACAUUUUAUUUUCCUUUAUUUAUUCUUAUCUAUAUUCCUUUUUAUAUUAGGGAAACAAUAUUAUUCAGUCAGUGGGGCAGGUGCUCCAUUUCCAGAGUCAUAGUCCUUGUGUAGAUUCCAGCCUCAGGCCUUAAAUGCAUGUCCUCCACAAUUUUUUAUCUUGUUUCUCUUAAUGUGAAUUUAAACCUUUUUUUGUGUUAAGUCUUAGAAAUACAGGAGACUUCUACCUGGACCCUGACAAAUCUUUAAAAUCUAACUAUUAAAAUUGAAUAUCUGAUUGUUUGUUUGAUCUUAGUGGUUCACAGACCCUUUAUGUUGUCACAGUUUUACUGCUGUCACUGCUUUAGGAAAAUUACUGUAACAUGUCUUCAACUUAAUCCUUCAUUUUCUCUUUGCGUCUGCGUGAAACAGUAUCGUCAGCGUGAAGGAACAGCGCCUUACCGCUCUGGUGGCAAACAUCCUGAUCGGCGUGUCUGCGUUCAUGCUGCCCAUCCCUCUGCAGUGGAUCCCAAAGCCUGUCCUCUACGGCCUCUUCCUCUACAUCGCAGCCACCUCGCUCGAUGGAAACCAGAUGAUGGACCGCAUGGCGCUGCUGCUGAAAGAACAGGUGAGAGGAGAAGAUAGUGAAUGGAGUUGUAAACUGGAACAGAGAGUAGGUAAUGACAAGCUGCAAAUGACCCCUGGAUCUGGGGCCGUCAUGUAACUGCUGAAUUAACUGGACCUCCAAGAACUUUAAUCUACUGAUAGUCUGAAAAAACAACAUGUAAAGCUUCAUGUCAAAUAGCAUUUAAACCUGGUUUUAUUUAAAUUUCUCUGUCUAGACUUCAUAUCCUCCUGCUCACUACAUCCGCCAAGUGCCUCAGAGGAAGAUUCAUUUCUUCACUGGACUGCAGAUGAUCCAGCUCAUCAUCCUGUGUGCGUUUGGGCUGUAUCCCCUGCCCUACAUGAAGAUGGUCUUCCCUCUGCUGAUGAUUCUGCUCGUACCUGUCAGGUAAGUUAUGCUACUGUCAUGUCUUAAUGAAAAUCUACUUUAGUAACACGUUUAUAGCAUCCCUAGACUUGUGUCAACAAAGUCUGAGGAGCUGUGAGUUAGAAUGAAAAUGUCCUGAUUAGUUGGAUGUGACAAUGAAAAAACUCUGUAUUUUUUUCAACUCUAUCUUUAAUUAAUCCAAAAGCUUAAAUACAUCCAAACAGAUUUUAUUUAUACUAAUGACAGCAAGUCCUCAUUAGAGAAAAGUCUAUUUCCUUCUCCUACAUACCUUAAAGGGAUAUUCCGGCGUAAAACUAAGACACCCCCUCGAGAGAUUAAGGUUGCCGACCACAGUGGGGUGACACAGCUCAAGGAAGAACAUUUAUGAUCAUGUCUAUCAUUUUGUUGAAUUAAUAAUCACCAUAUUAAUCAUUUUGCACUGCAGACGCGGUAGUUCUACUGCCUUAGCAUCUCGGUCUGAUUUUAUUUCCAUGAAGAAAUGAUCAUGAAUGUUCUUCCUUGAGCUGUGACACCCCGCAGCAGUCCAUAAUGGACUGGCCUGAGGUCUCGCUACAAACAAGCGGCUGCUGGAAGAAAGUAGGUGAGUUGUGUUUAGUCUCUUUGCUAAAUAAAUCAGGCAAAGCUAAAAAGAUGUUUGGUGGCUAGUGCUAUGGCUGGGACCUACUAUGUACUGUUGAUGAAGUUAGGUGCUGUUCUGAGCAUUAUUUGUGGCUAUAGAGUGGUGUUUUGGUUGAGGUUUGUUUAUGGCUCCUCAGACCGCUGUGUAUUGCUAUCGUGCGGUCAUUACUAAAGUUGGUAUAACUAGAGAAGCAAGCGGUCGGCAACAUUCAUCUCUCGAGGGGGUGUCUCGGUGUCCCUAAAUCAAUUUUACACCGGAAUAUCCCUUUAACCUACCUCAAAUUACUUUUUUCCCAGUAAGUAAGAAAGUGGCUGACACCGAUGAACUCUGAACCUGGUUUUCAGGACAAGGUCUGGUUUUAUGAGGGAAAAAAAAAACAGCCAAAAAGCCAUGCUGAGUGCUUGUUAAAGGAGAACCCAUCUGAUCUCACAAAAUAGGAUCAGCUUCCUCGUCACUCUCAGCGGGAAAACUGUUUACUCUAAAAAGGGCUUUCUAAAGUUUGUGAGAAUAAGUCAGAGUUAUCUCAGCCUAGUUUGAGGAACUGUUAAAGAGACUCUCGUGAAUUUACAUGUUUCCCUUUUUAUCUUCAAUGUAAAAAAUCAUUUUUAUCAUCUGUCAUCAUCUCUGUGUUUUUUUAUCUCAGGAUCAACCUGCUUCCCAAACUGAUUGACGAAAAGUAUCUGGACAUCUUGGACUCGCAGCACAUGUAGAAAAAAAAAACUUGAAGAAAACACUUGUUUUCUCCAACAGGAGGGAGACAGACUCACAGCUCAGUGAUUGUGUUCCUAUCUAAACUAAAUGCGUUUGGACUGCAAGAAUGUAAUGAGCUCUGCACUCUGCUGGUGACUGCACAGGUCAUUUACUUUCUCAUUGUUCACUAAACAUCAAAGUGGCAUUAAACAACAGGAAAAGUCCACCAAAAAAAAAUACCCUCUUUCACCUCUCCCUCUAUUUACAUGUAUCACUCUGAUAAGCCCCUCCCACUUUCUGCUGGGCUUAAGCCGGAAAGUCAAAGCUGCAGAAACUUUCUAUACCUAUUAACUAUUUAUGUCAGACUGAGAGGUGAGAAACAACAAUCUGCUAUUUUCUACUCAACUACUGCAUAAAUAGAGACAAUAGUGUCGGAAUCACUUCAGUGUGACUUUUAUAGAUGUCAAAAACGCAAACGGUUAUAGAUACACUUCCUAAAAAGCAGCAUCAGCGGUGUCGAGAAGCUUAGAUGUUGUGUUGAGCAUCUCAGGCACAAGGAGAGAGGAAGAAGGGGAGACGCUGUUUAUUCACUACGACUUGUAAUCUUCAUGGUCAUGUUUCUCGUUGUGAAGGACCCUCUUACACGACCUCUGUGUGUGCACUACUGAAAAUGCGACCUGUAUGAGGCUGAUUUAUGCAGAAUCAGAAUCAUUCAAUACUUUAUUAAUCCCUCGGCAGGAAAUUUGAGAUUUGCUUUGAUUGGUUGUUUGACGCAGAUUUCAUUUCGGUAAAAACAAAAGGGGCGGACCCUCAUCCAUCCAGUUUAAUACUCUCUGUGACCUGCACCGAUCAGCCUUUGUUGUUCUAAUGCAUCUCUAUUGAGCAACGUUUCUACACCUUUUUGUGUAUUCAGUUAUCAUAGUCAUAGAGGAGAGUCGACUCCUUUUUUCCACGCACAAAUAUUUCUUUUAAGCUGGUAACCAACAAGUGCACAAGUGACUGUUAUGUAUUUUGUAUUUCAAAACGAGUCAAUAAUUUAAUUUAGCUUAGGUGUCAUGUUAUGGGAGCUGCUUUUUUUGUGUGUUUCCUGUAUAGGCUCGAAGUGCGAUGUUGAAGAGGGGAUGGGGAUGGGGUGAUUUUAUCAUUGAACCAAAUAAAAAGAAAUUCUACAAUCGUUUUAUGUUAAGUGAAGGAGUUUUUCACUGUUUGAAACACACAGCAUGUAGUGUUUUCUCACAUUGGUUUUAAUUAAGCACACUGAGGCCAGAUGGUCUGGUUUGGAUGUGAAACAGGAGACACACGUGAUAUAGUAAUGCUGUAAAUAUGAAAGUAAUUGUGAGUGUUGGCUUUUAAUCAGACUGUCUUUAAACAAAUAAAACGCUUUAAAGGAUAUGAAUUCAUGUCUUUUUUAAAACUACACCUUAGUGAAGUUAAAGAUGUGAGGAGGCAUCUGCUCAAACAGCAACAGCAAUAAGACACCCUUCACUGAGCCGAGCAGGCUGAUACUUUGUCCAACAGGGGGCAGUAGUGGCUCAUUUUCAAGGUUCUGAUCAGGUUUGGCCAUGCUUGGAAAAACUAUGCACAUUUAGUUCAUUAUGUACAAGAACCUGAUAUAGUUCAGUUAAAAUCUGACAGGUAUGAAGUAUGGACAGUUAACACAGAGGUCACAACCUCUUAUGUACUUAAAAAAAACAUGAUUUUUUCAUACAUUAAACUGCAUUUGCUGCCUUCAAAAUUCAAAUCUGACCUUCAAACUUCAAUGAUUUGUCUGUUCUUAUUGGAUUGAGCAUAUUUAUAAAAAAAUAUAAAAACUGAUUAUAUGAGCCUUCUGACAAAAAAGAGCUCCUUUCACACUGAGCCACAAAGAAGCAGUGAAUGCCAUAUUUUUCUGUAAAAAAAAAUAUGAAUGAAGCAGAGGGAAAAUGUUCAAGUUCAAGUAUUUAGAACUGAAUUUCACAAAGAGAUUUUCAAUACGAUAAAAACCUGAGAGGUUCAGAGUCAAAGUCCUCUGGCAGUCAAUAUGAAUCUUUUUCCCAGUUCAAAAUAUUUGAAAAAUCUGUGUUUUUAUUAAGUGAGUGCAGGUAAUCUUUUGUAAUAAACAAUCAAAAAGAAGCAAAGAGGGUCCUUCCUUGUGUAGCCCUUUAAUCCGGGUCUGCCAGGAUACCAAGCAAGCUGCAGCUUCAAGAGUAAAUAGUAAAACCAAUCCUAUCGCUUUGAAGAGACUGGGCCAGUUGGGGGGGGGGGGACUCUCACUGCAAUCUUAUUGUUCCAAAAUCAGGGAGGAAAGAGCAGUGAGGCUUUUUCUUUAAUUUACAAAUGAAAUGGAGAUAUUUACCCCCAUCGAGUCUACUCUGCAAUGUGUAAUGCUGCGUUUACACCAUUUGUGUGAAUGCAACGUUUGUGCAAUGACUCGCUCCAUUCGCAUGUAUAUAAUUUGUCUGCCAGAGUGCACAAACACAUGGGUAACUGCAAGAGAAGAGGGGUUCCCACAUGUCACAAUAGUCUGUUUACAUCAAACACAGUUGAGGUUGACCUAGGGCUGGGCGAUAGACCGAAAUUUACCACAAUGAACAAAGUCAUUUUGUCCAAAUCGGUACACUGGGUGUCAAAAAAGUAAAAAAAUAAAAGUUGUUUUUGGAUGUGUGUAGGUAGGCUACGGUCUCAUGUCCCUUUAAAGGCGCUGUCCUAUGUCGGAGACGUGACUCCACCCCAUCCAGUCCGUAACAAAGAGGGAAAGACAGGUGAGGAGAUGGAAGACGGUUCAAAAGUUGUAGCAGCUGAAGCGGCGGCCGAAGUAGACAAAGUUAAUGUGGGAGGGGGUGAGCAGCUUGUGGAGUAGUUAUCAUGAAUUUAUUGUCAUCGAGGUGAACUGCUCAAUAUAUUGAUAUUGAUCAGUGGCCAUAUCGCCCAGCCCUAGUUUGACCACAUUAAGAGGAUUUGUUAUGUCUGGUGUAGACACACAGAGUUGGAUUGGUAGAGUAUGACAGGUGAGAAAGACAGUGAAGAUGUGUAACACUGGAGCUGGAAGGGUGGAGCAGCUCUGUGUGCAUGUAUGAAAAGCUGCUGCUGUAUGUUUACACUCCCUGUCACUCCUGCCUCCGCAACACCAUUAUACAAUAAGAAAUCUAGGGCUGUAUAAUUAUGUUGUUGCAGAGGUGACUGAGUACAGAGGUGUAGUGAUAGAGGAGCAUCACUACAGCACUGUUACCAACUGCAAUAUGCAAACAGGUGAAGGUGAUGCAGCUGUGACCAUAGAAACACAUCCCUCUCUUUGUCGUCAAAGAUGUUCUGCAUGUUAAACAGCCACUAUAAAACCUGCGUAAUUAUCCAUGUGCCACCUACACAGAUCAUACUUCCUAGAUUUGAGAUAUGUGCUGAAAAAUUUGCGCUCUUCUCAGGACAGGUGUAGGGUUUCUACGCCAGUAUGGAAAAAUAUGAAAAGUAUGGAGAUAAAUUUGAUCAAUUUCCAGGUCUUGAAAAGUAUGGAAAAUGAAAAAUAAAGAAUGGAAAAAUAUUUGUUUCCACACUAUUGGAAGAAAAAUUCUCAAAUACUGUUUUCUAAAAUAGAAAAGAAGGUAUUUACAAAAAUUAUUCUAGAAAUUAGGGUAUGAAAAAGUCUGGAAAUUCCAACCGUGUCGGAACCCUGCAGGAGGAGCACAGGGCCUCCACAUGACUAGAGCACCCCCUGUGGACCUGCGUGCCUUAUACCUGUCAUCUGUCUUGUCUCCAGCAAAGUUGACAAGUCAAGGAAAUCCCUGCGUUUCUCCUGAGCCACCCACACAUCAGGGUAAACCAGGAGGAAAAGGCACAGCAGGACAGGCUUAAAAUCUGCAUACGAACACAACCUGACAUGGACAUCCUCACGCCUCCGCUUUCCGUCUGAUUUUUAUUUACAUUACGCCCACUUUCACACCCCCAUUUGUACCUGAUGAACAAGGACAGAAUCAGAGCAUCAUGUUCUUCAUGACAAGUUGUAAGCUGGUGAACAACAUCCGACUGUGUGAGGAGAAUCAGAGUAAAAGAGUUGACAGAAAUCAUCUGCAAUAAAUAACCGUGUCUGUGUCUUUCAUUCAUACCUGCAUCAUCACAUCAGAAUGCAUUAAGGUGGAUCACGGAGAUAGAAAAGGUGCGUCAUCGUCACACACAAUAGAGCCGUGUGUGGCGUCUGUAGAUAAGCACAGAGGAGGGUCAGGCUUGUCGUCGGUGUGGUUCAGCCUGUCGUAUUGACAAAAAUCUCUGGGCUGCGAAAUGUGCCGAGUCAGUGAAACAACAAAGAAACAGCAAACAGACACACAAAGACUCAAAAACGAACAUUUCACACAUUCAGCUCUGUCACGGACACACUAGGCUGAAUAGUCGGACAUUUUUGAAACUGCUUUUACAGACUGUGAUAAUAAAAGAUAAAUAUGCCUGCAGGGUAAACUUUAAGCUUAAGCAUGAGGGCAGUUAGCUCAGAUUUGCACAAUCAGGAGGAGACAGCGAGCAUGACCCACAGCGAAAGGAUCUACACACAAGCUCCUUUUAGUAUCCAUGUAAACUCUGCUGAUUCCUCCAGUCUGAAGUUUACAGAGCUUCAUGGACUCAAACGAUAAAUUUGACUAACUAGGUUGUCUUGCGUCUUGUCUUUAUGUCACAGUUUGUCACUGAUAUGCUCUUUUAUUGUGGUCUAGAGUUACCUCUACCGCAAAUUCAUCUUGGCUUGUUGCCGACACGUUUCCUCUGCUGAGAGUGAAUGAGGUGUUAUCCUUUGUGAAUAUUCAUGUACAGUAUCAAAAGAGAACAGAGUUCACCCCCCUGCAGAGCGAUGAAAAUGCUAAUUGCUCUCCAAAAAUAGAUCCGUGACAUUAACGAACGUUCAGACCCGCUUCUUUGAGAUGUCCACAUCCCACUGUUGUUACACUGAUCACACUUUACACUUCAACCCCGGAGAUUUGUUCUGCUGUUAGGAAGAACAUCUUCAGCAGCAUUUACAUCAGGAGCCGCAGCUCAGAUGUUGAGUUUGUAUCCAGAUCCUCAUGUUUGUUAACACUUGUGUUGUUCAGCCUCUUGUGUGUUCGACAUGACUUUAAAAAGGCUCAUGAAUUAUUCUCAGAGCCUCAGUCAGACCGGGUGCUGUAUCCAUCACAACACCACAAAAUGCUUCACCACCUGUGCAGCACCAGACAGACUCAAACAGAAUGAGACGCUAACUCCGUCAGUGCAUCAUGGGUGGCAAGCUUCAAACUGCGAUACUUUUUAAAUUCUAGAUAUACAUAAAAAAUAUUCUGUCGUAACCUUAUCGCCACUAAUUUUCAGUUUGGAGGAAAACAUCACUGUUUAAAGGUGGGGUAGGCAGGAUCUGAGGAAGUAACGGUUUUGGGGAGAAAUCUUGAAUGUAAACUCUACCCCCCCCCAACCAGUUUUCCCCUCAGGUCCUCCUCUCCCCUCCCUCUCUGCUCCAGAAAGCCCCGCCCACAAACAGACGCUCAGGCUCGCUUGUAUCGUUCCAAUUAAAUUCAGAUAUAAUGCAGAUAAAUACUUAUGAGAAUUACAAAUGGGGCCCAGUCAGCGUGAAAGUAAAAAGCAUUGGUGCUACUGUAGAUGCCAACAGACGACCAGCAAACACAAUGUUUGCAGGACUUCUACAACUAGGAUAAAGUGACGUAGUCCAGGACCCGAGGUCAACAGUUUAGUGGUGCUACAACACGCAGCGGGUCCUGACAAGAAACACUUCUGUUACAGACACUUGGCUUACUUUGUUAAAGCGGUUUACCUGUCCAGCAGAAGAGGUUACAGGGUCUGUAAGAUCCAGAAGCGACCUCCAUUGUCUAUGCUGAUGUUGACCCGGCUUUUUAGCUCUUGUUCGGUCUACCUUCUUUUUAAGCAUCUGUUAUUCCGCCAGAGUCUCCGGUAUUUAGUUCGUUUUAUUGCUUGUGUCGGCAGUCGUGGCCAAAGGAAGAUUAAGACAAUUUUCUGUACUUUCUGGUUGGUUUCUACUGUCCGAUAUUGUUGCACGCUAACUUUGUUUGGGCUCAUGAACGACACAGGGGAGCAGCGUCUGCCUCACAACCAAUCAGAGGUGGAGAAUGGCUUUGUUUACAGUCAGAAAGAGCGGGCCGCUCAAAAUUUUAAAAUGUUGACUACACAGACAUAACAAAACACAGCGAUAUCAUUAUAUUACGAAAUAUCAUCAAUAACUGAUAGCUAUUGACUGAUAUUAAAAGCUUUUUUGUAUACACCACAAACAAAGAUGCUUCUUCAACAGAAUCCUGCCUACCCCACCUUUAGGUGCUUAGGCAUUUACAUCUUUGAUUGUUCACACCAUUAAAGCAAUGUGAACUAAAACUUGAGAGAGAGCAAAAGAGAGAGAAAGAGAGAGAGAGAGAUAGCACAACAAGGUGUGUGUAUUACCUCUGAGAGCCUAUAAUCUGAUAUUAGAAAACAGCAGCACAACAGGAGAUAGAUCAGCUGUGCAGAGCAGGAAAUGGAGCUUAUCUUUUGAAAUCUCUGUUAUGAGAGAAAAAAGCCUUUUGGGGAGAUGUUUUUUUUUUAUCAAUCAAAAUCAUAAUCCAGUAAACAGCCAUCAAAAUCUGGUAUGCAGUACUGCAGCACUUGCAUUAAACACUGUUGCCAAAGCCAAUACAAAUCUGUCACAUCCAAGGUACACUUUGUGGAUUUGAUAGAUGAUUCAACAAGCUCGACAACACACAGUGUGCACAAGUAAAUGAGCACAAAGCAGCUUACAGUCUUUCUCAUUCGCUUUCGCUCAAUUAUCAAACGACAAAAACAUUUUUCAAAAUGGUACGCUCAAAUCUCCGGACAAUUAGUUUGUCAUUCACAUCAGAUCUCAUUCAUUUGGGCAUAUUGUGUUGUUUUGAUAGAUGUGUGCGAGAGUUCUCCACAAAUCUGCACAGACAUCAUUUACAAAUGGCUCAGUGAAAUUGUCAAACUCUUCACUUCAUCUUAGAAGCACAGGCUAAAAAACUGCUGUAGGUUUUCUCAGAUAGUAAACACAUUAAGGGGGUUUGAAAUGUUGUUUCCCUGUAAGCCCAGUGUGUGUGUAAGUGUGCAUUUAUGUGUAAAACCAACACACAUAAGCAGCAUAUCUCAAAUGUCAAGUCAAGGAUGAUUAGAAAAGAACAUUUUCCUGGUUAACUUUUCAUCCAGCCUGCAUACAAGCAUAUAUACAAGGUACAAGACCUUCUCUACAGUGUCCGAUAUCCUGAAUGUACAAAGUCUAUUUCAUAAAAUAUCCAAGGACGGAGUCACUGCACAGCUGGAAACUGGGUUCAAUCAAGCGAGAACCAAUCACCUCUUUACUUCAGCCUCUACCACAGGAGCCAUGACCGGCAUUCACAACCAAGCUGACUUCCACAGCAUGACAACAGUACAGCUCUAAAUAGCUCUGGAACUGCAUGUUACAUGGCACCAACAGUUAAGUAUACUGGCUACAUAUAGUGGGUCUGUAUUGAGCUGUCAGGAUUCAAACGACUGGGAGAAUCAUCAUAACAUCCAUUUGGUGUUACUGUGUUGAAUGUAUGAAUCCAAAACAAUCUCCCUGAUCCAUGCCUGAAAGAAAGCUCUGUUCUGUAAUUCUUUAAGAGGGGUGGUGGUCUAGGUGGUCUAAGGUUUUGACCAAUCAGAAUUAAAGGGAUAUAUUGGCGUAAAAUUAAUUUAGGGUCAAACACGCCGUAACACCGAGUUAGACACCCCCCUCGAGAGAUGAAUGUUGCCAACCAUUUGCUUCUCUAGUUAUACCAACUUUCGGAACGACCGUAGGAUAGCAAUACACAGCAGUCUGAGGAGCCAUAAACAAACCUCAACAAAAACGCCACUCUAUAACCACAAAUAAUACUCAGAACAGCACCUAACUUCAUCAACAGUACAUAUAGGGUCCCAGCCAUAGUACUAGCCACCAAACAUCUUUUUAACUUUGCCUGAUUUCUUUAGCAAAGAGACUAAACACAACUCACCCACACUCUUCCAGCAGCCGCUUUUUUGUAGCGUGACCUCCGGGCCCGACCAUCACGGACUACAGCGGGGUGACGCAGCACAAGGAAGAACAUUUAUGAUCAUUUCUUCAUGGAAACACAAUCAGACUGAGAUGCUAAGGCAGAAGAACUACCGCAUCUGCAGUGUAAAAUGAUUAAUAUGGUGAUUAUUACUUCAAGGAAAUGAUAAAGAAAUGAUCAUAAAUGUUCACCUCUCAAGGGGGUGUUUAACUAGGUGUUAAUUUUACGCUGAAAUAUCCCUUUGAGGUUCCUAUAAAACACAGGCUCAGGGUUGGCAAGAAAGCCAGCUGAUGAGAUAUCCUGUUCAUCAGUGUUUAUCCAGGCAGUGUUAUGCUGGAAGUAUAUGAAGACAGACGAGUGAAGACAUGAUGUUGGUUCGUUCACAUGGUAUGAAAUAGGCAGGAAGACAUACAGCCUGAUUGAUAAGCAACCAAACAGACAGCGGAUAACCAUUGGAUGGAUCUGGACAUAUUUAAAAAACAAAAAACAACAAAAAGCAUAUGACUGGCAGCCACGUCAAAUCUAAUUCACUAUAACUGCUUGAACAAGUAUAACAACAGGGGAUUUUAUCCAGAUUUUCAGGAGCAAGACCCUGAGGCCUUCUCGGUUAGCCUAGCAGCACAUACUAGUAGAGUAACUGAACACAGAACAAAUGCUGUUUACUUAUUCUGGCUUUGAAUUGAAAGUUCAUUCAUCCUUGUUGUUGUGGAAACAAUAUUUUCUUCAUAGCUGCCCUUUAAAGUACUUUACUUCAAGUCUUGAGCAAAGACACCGCCGACACACCAAACUUCACAUCUCUUCAGCUUCACUUCACACACAAUCGCCGCCACUGCUCAGUUUUCACAGAAUAAUCACAGAUAAUUCAGACUUCGGGGGUUAUUUUAAUCUAACUACACCCACACAGACUGAAAACCGCUUACCGUGUAGCUUGUGCGUUUUGUUUUCGAUGUCUUGUGUGCCUUCAUGCGUCUUUUUGCUCAGGCAACUGCCGCCUUUCAUUUUGGGAUAAUGAUGGGCACAGGUGUUGCCAAAUCCGUGCGUAAAAGCGCAUUUAUUUAUAUUGAGGAAGGUAGAAAUGCCCGACUUUUCACACGGUUUUGUUUGUUACAAUUGGCAGAGAUUGGGCUAUGAUGGAGGACACUGUCACACAAUAAAAACAGCCAAAAUUAUUUUUCAGUCUUACUUGUUUGGGUCUAUGUCAGUCUAUAUCCUAUGGCGGCGACGCUACAUGACGCUCCAGCGCGAACUGAGGCAUCUGCGUCUAUGACCGGGACUGUCUGUUUGGGAGUGCACGCUGGUCGUGGGGCACAUUGAAAUUGAAAUUUUUAUGAUUGGAUUUUUCUAAUAAAUUUUCUUGAAAAAAAAAUCAUCAGAUUGUUUAAGACAGAGAGAUGAUAACUGAGACAGUGUGCAGCAGCACCUAAAAAGUUGUCAGAUUCUACAGGAAAACUGCAGACCUGGCAACCACAAAUAAGCUUUCCUUCUUGAGUGAAUUUUUUUUAAAGCAGGUGAAGUUCAGUUGUACCCCACAUUUCCUCCACAUCCCCUCUUCAAUAAGCAGAGGAGGUAUCUUGGCAAACAGUGCGAGGGUAUCUCUGUCUGAUGUGACAGGAUUUGUGUUGCUGUAAUUAUCUCAAUCUAAAAUGCUCCUAAAAUUAUUGGGACAGUAGAAAUCUCCUCUCUGCUCCACUCGAGGGCAUUGAAUUUUUAUUUGAGUGUUUCUUUUUUCUCUCCAACUAUUUUCUAACCCCUCCUUCCCCUUUCCCCUCCUCUGUCAGCUAUUUCUGCCUACUUUCUUUUCUGUACCUGCCUCAACCUUGCACUUUCUCUGCAUGAGACAGGAACCAUUUAACUCAAAGCUGUAGUGCUCACCACCACAUCAAUGGCCUGCCUGGCGGUGCUUGCACUUUUAGAUAUUUCUUUCUCACCACUUCAUUACAGUUUUUCAAAAGCACAGCUCGGACUGCAGUGUUAGGAAAGCAAUUAUUGUCCACCUCUUGCAAAAAGUCCCAAACUGGCGUUGAACCCAAUACCAUUUUACUCAAAGAUGGCAGUGUGAACCACCUUAUCUUUUAAAGAAGGUGUAUUUAUUUCGCCACUACAUUAAGGUUUGUAAAAAAUUAAAAAAAAAAGUUCCAACUGCAGUGGGAGGAAAGCAUCACGUUCUCCUAAUGUAGAGAGUCUCAGACUGGGAUUUGGAUUCAUUCUUAAUCUAUGUCAGCUACGGUCACUCUCUUUUUCAGACCAAAGGAUUAAAAACUCAUUUUCCAGCUUGCUUACUCAAUUCACCUUCUUUCUUUUCUCUUUGAUGUAAUAUUCCCAGACAACUAUUUUUCACUUUUGAUAAUUAUAGCUUAGAGAGGAAAAUUUCAGAGAAAAAACUUCACAUGCUGCUUAAGCCCCCUUCCUCCACUGGGGCCUGGGUAGUUUGUGCAACCUUCCCCCCUCUAUCUACAACCUCUAUGAAAGCAGGUGACAUUAUCCGGCCUCACUCCUACCUUGUAUCAGUCCAACGUUGGGUACUUAGACACAGAGCCGGUUACCCAAGCCUCAAUUGGGCCCUCAGCAAAAUUUGAUUUGGGGCCCUUUUUUUCUGCCAAUAAUAUUGAUUGUUGAUCACUCACACACCUUCAAAAAUCUCUUUGAUUAACACUCCAUGACAUGCAAACAUACCUUCAUCUUGGCGUUUUUCUCCUCUUCCUCUUUCUUUUCUCUGCUCCUGAAGGAUACGUCCUUUUUUGGAACAUUGUUUUGCACCACAACUACCUGCGCUUUGGAUACUCAGUGCACAUUGCACAGCAGGAGGCGCAUAACAGUAGCGGAGCUUUGACAUAUCAGCAGUAAGAAUCAUAAGUCUACAUCAGCAGCAGCACUAAAAUGUUUUCACUUUAUUUUAUUAUUACAAUAAUAUAUAUUUGAUCAUACAGAAAGCACCACUCAUACAUGCAAAAAGUAAAAAAUCUAUAUAUAUAUACAUUAUGAUUUUUUUCAUAAUUAUUGCUCUUGGGGGGGCCCCCUACUGGCUGCGGGGCCCUAAGCAGGCGCUUAGUUCGCUUAUGCCUUGGGCCGGCUCUGCCUAGACAUGUAUAUAGUAUAUAGCUGAAAAAUCAGCUCCAACCAAGGAACCGUGAUUCAGAUUCAGAUUCAGAUUCAGAUUCAGAUUCCUUUAUUAACCAUUGUGUAAUACACAUAGGAACUUGCUUUGGCAAUAACAUGAGUGUGUUCGGAUCUUUUUUCCACAGAUAACAUAAAACACAAACAACACCGUGCAGAAAAUAGAUAAAUAUAAAGUGCAGUAAGAUCAAUAGUGCAAAUGUCAUUGAGUCCUUCAAGUUUCAAAGUCCCUAGUGGGCGGGGGGAGGAGGGAAGCCAGACUCAUUGAGCAGCCUGGCAGCAGAGGGGAAAAAACUGAGUCGAUGGCGUGCUGUGGUGGCCUUCAGCAGCCGCAUCCUUCUCCCAGGUACUGAAUGGCACAACUUGUAUUUUAGAUAAUAUGACGCCGGAUAUUCUUCAUCACUCUGAUCCGAUGAUAGCUGCAGGCAUGUGUUUGUGAAACAGACAAGAUGUGGACCAAUCUGUUGCUUCCCGGCUGAACAACAAAGUUUAGAUUCAACAUUUAGUCCCUUUCAGUGGUUAAAAGUACAGAAAAACAUCUUUAAAUGAUAUUCAACUUCCCCUCAGGAAAAGUUUGUGGUCCUACUUAAAAAAGAAAACACAUCCUCAGGCGGCAUUUCACUUCUCUGAUCACCUGCUGUUAGCUCAGCCUGCAGAUAUUUUCCCUCAUAGGUAACUGAGAAAAUGUGUUUUUUUUUUAAGGGAGGGAUGUUUCUCCAACUAACCCCGUCUUCUUCACUCUAGUUCUGCAGCCAUUGUGUCAUAACCUCUAAAUCAGUGUCCUUCAUUUGAGCUUUCAUCCAAUGACACAUCUGGAAAUUAACUACCUCUUCCCACUAGACUUGAACCAGAUUACCUUUUUCAUUCAUCAGGCUCCUCUAUUGUGAAUUGAAUCCUCUGAAAUGUACAGUACAUCCCACUAAAGCCUCCUAAUUUACAACCCGUCUUAUCUGCAUCAAGCAAACAUUAAUGUGCUAUAAGCUCUGAAUUUGAUUUUCUGUUUCCCUGCAUGAUGAGAUGACUUGGGAGGCAGCCAGGAGUGACCGCAGUAAAAGUAAAUGAUUGGGUUAUUGAUAAGGAAAUAUUGCCCAAUCUCAUAUAAGGUCUGAUUUCUGGUUUCAAGUUUCCAUGGAUGCCUCGUAGCUAGCAAGUAGACGACAGCUUAGACCAGUAUCAAGGUAUUUGUUUGCAUUUUCUCCUGAUCUGUUAUUUCCCAUAUACCCAAAUAACUUUAAAAGUGCAGCAGAGUUUGAGUUUUGGACUGUAAAUAAACUUUUUUUGUUGUUGUAUUGCCUCUCAGAUCCUGGAAAUUUCAUCAUAAUGAGGACAUAGCUUGUUCCCCCUCUGCACUGCUGUAAUAGCACCAGAACCCAUUACUUACACUGUGCUAUUUUUCAGCCACCUGUCUACUAACCUGUACUGCA